AUGCGGGAUGGGGAGUCACUAGAGACUAGCGAGCAGAGUCUCCACCGUCAGAACCCCUCCCACGUGGACCCCAUCACAGCCCAUCCAGGCGUCGCCCUGGAGACCAGCUGCUCUCCUGAGGGGCCGGCAGAGGGAGAGUGCUGUAGGAGCUGCACCCCUCCGUCUGCACCACCUCCUCUGCCCUCUAUGCCCACCAUGGGAGUGACCACCUUGGAAGACCUGGAGGUGUGCCAGGAUGGGGAGGACUUCUGCCUGGCCACAGAAGGUUUACACAUGGUGAUUUGUUCCUGUUUCCUGCCCCCAAUCCUCCCAUGCUACCGUGAAAUCUUCCCAGACCCAGUGGAGGUGUAUCUGAGUCCAGAGGGCUCUCCCAAUCACCUGCAGCAGUUUAGUCCCUCUGAGAAGGAGCGGCUUCCCUCCAUCGUGGUGGAACCCACGGACGUGAGCGAAGUGGAGAGUGGCGAGUUACGGUGGCCCCCGGAGGACAUGGACUUCUGUUCUGAGGAGGAUGAAGAUCUGUUCCUGGAGCAGUGUAUCCCCCCGGCCAAUAUUGCAGACUGGGGAGAGGAGGAAGAGACGUCUGUUCUCAACCACGAGCAAAGCACAUCCCUCAUUGACCUCCAGUCAGAUGCGUUCAGGGAUGAAACACCCAUUCUACCACCAAGCAGUUCACCUGCUCUGAACUGA